AUGUCUGCACUCUCGACGCCGGGCGGCGGAGGCACUACGGCGCAGAGCAAGCCGACGUCCGGCAAGCAAAAAUAUCAGAAAUUGGACAUCAAUAGUCUGUAUUGCGCCAACAGGAAUGAAAACUCAGAACCGUCCUCAGUAAAAUCUCAACUUAGCCGUAAACAUGGAAUGCAAAGUCUUGGAAAAGUACCUUCAGCUAGGCGCCCACCAGCCAAUCUUCCUUCAUUGAAAACUGAAACUGGUCAAGAUCCAAACGCGAAUUCUAUAUCAGCUGUAACUACAACAGUAUCAACUCCAGCAACAUGCGCCUCUCAGACUGUAAUAACCUCUUCGAACAGCAGUGUGAUUGCGGGAACAGGUUCAGGAGGAUGGGUACCACUGCCCCCACCCUCUUCACCUCACUUUCGAACAGAAUUUCCUUCACUAGAGGCUUCAGCUCAACCUUCACACCGAUCUUCAGAUCAUUCUGUGCCUCAAACACAACUCAGACCACAAACAGAAGGCAGCUGGACGUGCGGUGGCACGGUCGGCGUUCGGCAAGAAACUACAUCGUCACCCGCCGUCGCGCCCGCCUCCACGCCUGCUUCACAGCAAACACCCGCUUUCCGUGCUAUUCUGCCAUCCUUCCUGAUGAAAGGUAGCGGUGGUACUGGACUUGGAUUGGGAAAUUUAAGCUCACUUCGUGAUAAUAGAAGUGGUAACAGUGGCAACAGUAGUAAUUCCAGUAAUAACAUGGGCUCAAGGCCCACGCCACGAGCUCCGGCCACACCUCGAGCCGUUGAAGUGUUAACCGCACGCCCGAUUUUACGGGAGGAACAAAUAUCUUCUUUAGACGAUAUUUCUCGUGAUGCAGGAUGGGCGCAACAUGACGAUAUAGACUACGAUCAGAAACUUGACUUCUCUGAUUGUGAGUCAUCAACUCCAAGUACGAAAGUCAGUAAUAAAAAUAACCGGGCCAGUAUUGACAGUGAACGCAUGGAUUCUAAGAUACAGGAUCCUGGCGACGAGGAGCAGCUAUGGGCAGAACGUCGCCAAAAACAAAGCAAUGAAGUUGCUCAAGCGGUCGCGCGAGCACGACAACGUAAGGAAGAGGAGCAGAGACGGCAAAUGCGUGACUCGCCAGCCUCCCAAUCUAUGAAAGAUAACCGUGAUAAAGGAGACAGAGAUCGAGAUCGCAAUGACAAUAGAGAGCGAGAAUCUGAAUCCAGGGAAAAAGAUAGGAUCGACAAUAGAGAUAAAGAACGAACAGAAAAUAAAGAUAAAGAAAGAAGCGACAUGCGCGAUAGGGACCCUAGGGAUAAGGAUCGACUGGAUAAUAGAGACCGUGAUCGUAUGGACAAUCGAGAUCGGUAUGACCGUGACCGUGACCGCGACCGUGACCGAGAGCGCGACCGCGACCGGGAGCGCGAUCGCGACCGCGAUAGAGACAGAAUGAUGGACAGCAAAGAUAGAGCACGACCUGAUAAUAGAGAUCGCGCUGAUGAUAAGGAUAGAGAUAUACGAGAUAGAGAUCGUAAUGACAACCGUGACCGCAAUGAUAACAGAGAUCGAAUAGAGCGUGAUAGGUAUGAUAGAGAUCGUAAUGAUCGAGACCGUGAUCGUUUAGACAGAGAGAGGGUCGAACGUGACCGAGAUCGCGAUCGUGAGCGUGAACGUGAUCGCGACCGAGAUCGUGAGCGUGAUCGCGACCGCGAACGGGAUUUUAGAGACCGAGAAAGAGACUACCCACGUGACCGAGAUCGUGAUCAAUCAAAUCCGCCUUUUUCAAAAACAUUUCAAGCAAAUAUACCUCCACGCUUUUUAAGACAGCAGCAAAAUAGACAGCAAGAGGAUCCUCACAAAGCGUGGGCGUUUACCGGGAAACCAGCUCCAAGACGUCAAGAACCACCCCCAUAUAAUCCUCCUCGUCACACAUCACACAACGGUCGCCGUUCAUAUUCUAGAGAUUAUUCUGAUCGAGAAGAUGAUGUAAGGAGAGACAAAGAUGGCUCUGGCCCGCAAUGGCGAUCAGAAAUGCAGGACUAUGAUAGAUCGGGACGAGAAUUAGACAGAUCCAAUUCUAAAGAAUCUUAUAAAGACUUCAAUGAAUAUAAAGAUAGAAGAAAUGAUUCUGAUAGAAAAUCAUUAGAUUCCGCUAUUGAACAUAGUAGCAGAACAGCAGCUGAUAAAUUAACAGAAGUUUUUGAGAGAAAAAGUAUUGGACUAACUGAGCCAUUUGCAGCCAAUACAGAUACCAACGCGACUAUACCAACGCAAACUCCUGAAAGACGAACAACGCCGCCCUCGAAUACUUCCCAACGUGACUCGUUUGAAAAAGAUUUCGGCAAAGCGUCAUGGGCUGAAGUGGCUCAAGAAGAGCAAAUGGCCUCGGCAGCUAAAAUAUCUUUAGAAAAAGAAGCAUCACUAAAACAAAAUGAACACAAAAAUGAUUCUUUGAAUACUGAUGCUACUGAUACAAUAAAAACAUCACAAAACUUAAAUAAUACCAGUAGUAACAUACACACAAAUCUCAGCACACAAAAUCAAAGUAAUAAUUUCCAUAAUAAUCACAGUUCUAACGCGCAAUCAGUAAAUCCUCAAAUUCAGCAAACUCCCAUUACUAACACUCAAGUAAACAUUCAUAGUGCAACAAUCUCUUCUACUAAUCAAUCUCAAACUUCAAUAUUUACUGACUCUCAUUCUAUUUCAAAGUCUAAUUUAAAUCAAUCUCUUCCUAAAACUAUCAAUUCUGCUGAAACAUCUCAAAUACAGAAACCUCUAUUAUCAGAACAAUUAACAAGCACUGUUAAAUCGACAGUUCCUAUUCAAAAGUCUGAAAAAGAAUAUUCAGAAACAGAAUCUGUUGCAUCAAAAUCAAGUAUCGACCCAUCUGGAAUAACAGGGAUUAAGCUGACUGAUUCAAAUUCUAUUGAGAACAUUCAAGAUUCUCAGAAGAGAUGUUUGGAUGACAAAAAGAAUGAAAGAUACAGCAAUGAACAAUUGAAUAAGAUGCCAACUAAGGAGCCAGUUGAAAGAAAAUCAAGUGGAUCGGGAUCUGAAAAGAAAGGAAGGGGGUAUAGUAGUAGUGGUUAUGUUUAUAGUAGAGGUUGGGGAUCAAGAGAAUCUCGUGGACGUCGCUCACACCGUAGCUCUCGUUCAAAUAAUAGAGCUAGUGAGUCCGAUGGUUCUACUGACGGUACUCAUGUAGAACGCAAGGAACGUCGGAGAGCUCCUCGCAGCCCACGUGGUCCCAAAAAACAAGAUAGACCAGAUGACGCAAACCUGGCAAAUACUGAACAGGGGACUACAGUUAUUGAUGGCUUAGAAAAUAGAGAGCCAUUUGCACCACGUGGGCAACCCUCUCGCCGAGGGAGGGGUGGUUUUCAAGGUACCAACAGGCCACCUGCACCCGCUAAACGUGUUACUGGAUACGGCCCACCAAAUACAAAGAGUCCAUUUAGUCAAGCUAAUAGAGUAAAGGAUGAGGAUAUUAAAGACAAUUUUCAAGAUGAUAAAGAAAAAGGCAAUAAUAAAACGCGCCCCAGUUCGUCCGCUGGUAAAGGACGUGAUCGUCGCACAAAAGGUAUGGGUGGCCCGCAUAGUGGUGAAGAUGAAAAUUGGGAAACAACUUCAGAACAUUCUGAAAGUGGAGGGGCGGGAAAUCGGCGCUCUAACGGGGGAAGACAAUCUGCUCAAUCUCAAAAAGGAGCUGGUCAUAAUCGUACUCCCAAUUCUAGCAACCGACAAAACAAUGGACGUAAUCAGCAGGCAGCUAAAAAAGAAGAUGAAAACAAAACUGACAUUACAGAGGCUAUUAGUGAUCUUAAGUUAUCAACUGCCAAGAAAGAUGAAGAAAUUGCCGAUGAUGGAUUCCAAAAAGUCCUGAACAAAAAGAACUCAAAGGAAACUAGAGUGUCUAAUAUUAAAGAAGAAAAGCAACCCAGAUCUAGAUCCAACCAGGGCGGUGGUCGUAAUGGUUCCUCCUCGAGAAAUCCAAAUGAUAAGUCGAAUUCCCGUGGAUCAGCCCCAGUUACUAGUAAACCCAGCGCACAAUAUGAUCGACCGCGUCAAGCUAACUUGGCGCCUCGAUUUGUUAAGCAAAGGCAAAAGCAACAAAUGGGUUUGGUGUCUAAUUUUGGUCCAGACACCGGGGCUGCUCCUCCUCCACCACCAGUUAAUGCAUGGGAUAAGCCAAUUUCUCAAACUUUGCGCGGUAAUAUUGAGGAGCCUGUAGAAGUUAUUGAGACCAAGUCAAACCAAUCAAGCCAACGAAGCACUCCUGGAGAAACAUCCAACGAAAAUAAAGCUGCAGUACCACCUUGCCCACUUGUGACUGAUAAGACCGGCGUUCUCGAUGGAUCGACUCCACCUGUAGAGACCAUUAUAUUUGAAAAUACAAAUUAUAAGACUGCUCCCCCUGCUGAAGCACUGAAACAAAAAUAUCAACCCAGUGCAGCCACUGCCAAACCCCAAGAAGAAGUUCAAAAUGAAAUGGAACCGAGAACCUUACCCUUUAACGGAGAUGUUAGGCCGCGCCCGAGGUCUAUUCAAGAACUUAUGGCAGAAACUGGUAGACCAGUGUCAGAAGCUGAAGGCACAUUGGGUCUCCCAAUGUCCUUUGAUACAUCUCAAAAAACUGAAGACUCUUCUGAUAUGAAACUUGAUUUUGCGUUUGACUCAGAUCUUGGUCAACUUACAGAAGAUAAAUCUACAAAAGCUCUUGGCCUACCACGCGGGACGCAUAUGAGCACUUCCAAUACUAUUUCUCCACUGGCGGCGGAUCUCAAUUUAAAGAUCGCCAGUGUGAAAAAAGUUUGGGAAAUGCCGGCUGUGGCUGAAGGCAGUGAAGAGUUACAGUUUGCUGGUUUUGAGGAGAAUAACACCGAAACUGGUGCUCCUCCCAAUGUUUGUAAAGUGAAGCCAACGCAACAAUUACAGUCUCCUCCGCCUCAACAUUAUAAUCAUGUUAGUUAUCAGGGAGGCUAUGGCGGCCUUUCUGUUCCAUCACCACCAGCUGUGUUAUUUAACUCUUCGCAGCAAAUACUAGGUUCCUCUCAACAGCUGCAACAACAAGGGGGGUUGUAUGGUGCAUUUUUGGACCAAACUCGUGGACAAUUUGGUGGAUUCCCUGGAACUCCAUAUGGUGCUGGCUCAGCUACUCCAUAUAAUUAUCAACCUCCACCAGACAUGUUCCAGAGUUUACCAAGCCAGUAUCGCAUGGCUGCGGCGGCCGGCGGCGGUGCAGCAUUUGGACAAUCGGGACAGUUAGGAAACAGUCCAAGCACUGUUUUGAUUUCAAGCACAUCUAAUUCACUGAUGUCUGCUACAGUUAAACCUUCGACUCAACAGAUUGGCGCCAUAGGUAGUAAAGGCGGCGGCGUAGGGGGAGUUGGCGGUGUCGGCGGAGUGAAUACGUUCCAGCAGCAGUACCUUGGAUACUCAGGGCCAGUGGGGGAGGCGCCCUACUCCCUGCCAGGGCUGCUGCCGCGCCCCGCGCCGCCGGCCACGUCCUACUACUCGCCAUACCAACCGCCCGCCGCGCCCGCGCCCACCUACCCGCUGCAGUUCACGCAGCCCGCGCAGUCUAGCGCCUUCAGCUCACAGUUCCUGUCUUCCGCUGCUCAGCUGCACGUUGCUGCUGCGGUUCAGCAAAUGCAGCAACAGUACCGGGCUCCACCAUUGCAACAACAAUACGCGCCACAACCUCAGCCACGGCCGCCGCCACAGCAGCUCAAGAGUCCGCUACACGAGCACCCUAACGGGUUCACCCCAUUGUGCGACUCCGCGUCCCCCACCCCCAAGGGGGUGGCCAAGCCACAGAAGCCGCCGCACUCACCGCCGCAGCACAAGUACCACGCGCCGCCGCCGCACGCGCACCCGCAGCACCCGCCGCCCUCGCACACCCCCCACCAGCACCACCAGCAACACCAGCAGCACCAACAACAUCAGCAACACCAACAGCACCAGCAACAUCAGCAACAGAUCGUCGGCAGCGGCAACAACGGGCGCGGCGGCAACGGCUCGGGCAACGGCAACAUGAGUCGCGGCGGGCUCGUGUCGCGCUACCCCGCGCCAAUACAGCGGCCCCCCAUCACAAUGUACCGCGCGCCGCUCGCCCCCGCCGCCGCGCCCCGGACGCACCACGCGCAACAUAACCGACCUAAUCUAUACUAUCAUCAUCAUCAACGCAAUGGCGGAGGAGGAUCUGAACGCGUCGCGGAGGGGGUAGAGGUGGUCCCCAGCGUGGAGGAGAGCGGGGACAGCGCGCCCGCGGGCGACGCGCCGCCGCCCGCCGAAGUGAAGGCCGAG